UUCUCAUUAUUGCCAAGCAAUACCUAGCAAUACUGAGCAAUACCGAGCAAAUACCGAGUAAUACAUCGCAAUACACGAACAUAGCAUUCCCGGGUUCCGAUCCGAGUCAAGUUAUAGGGCCGCACGAUAAAGACUAAAUAGCCCCGGACCACAUGUUAUUGGCGGCUACUCUACGUCCGGUAAUAAUUGUUCCUGCAGCCUUGACCUCGUUCAUCACUUCGCGCCCAUGCUGCUUCAAGAGAAAAGGUUUCGUCCUCGUCACUUCAUACCGCCAUUCUCGUACUGAAGGAAGAACCUUACGAUUUUCACGGCCGAAGCCAUGGUGGAUGAUGAGGGAGUUGAGAUGGAAACCGAAGGAGGUUCGCAAGGUGGUGUCCCUUUCCAGCUACAGUUCGACAAACCAAUUCCUUCUCAGGUCAAGAUUGCGGAGUGGAAUCCUGAGAAGGACCUUCUUGCGAUGGUGACAGAAGAUAACAAGAUUAUCCUCCACCGUUUUAAUUGGCAGAGACUCUGGGCUCUUUUUCCAGGGAAAGGUAUUACAUCCCUUUGCUGGCGUCCUGAUGGAAAAGCUAUUGCUCUUGGUCUUGAUGAUGGAACCAUUUCACUGCAUGAUGUUGAGAAUGGGAAACUAUUGAGAGCGGUAAAAACUCAUAGUGUUGCUGUUAUCUGUUUAAACUGGGAGGAAGUUGCUCAAACCAAGUCACAGGAGGAAAACAACCUAUAUUCCUAUGAAGAUCGGACUAUGCGGUUUUUCCCCUCCUCUCCUAGAAUUCCUAGAAUGCGUGGACUUGGUGCAGGAGACAGUGGGCUAGCGGAUGAUUCUGAAGAUUCAUUUCAAGAGCUAUCUAAUUGUUCUUAUCAGCACUUUAACGUUCUUUGUAGUGGAGAUAAGGAUGGCUACAUCUGCUUUAGUGCAUUUGGAAUUUUUCGGAUGGGGAAAAUUAACAUUCGGAAUUUGUCUAUUUCAACUCCUGCAUUAGAUGAUAUGACUGACAAGCUGCGUAAUGCUUCCAUACAAAAGGUGGCUUUAUCAAAAACUCUGUGUCAACUGAUUGUCCUAUGUUCUGGAGAGGUGGUUGGAGAUAUCAUUCGAACACAAGAUGAAUGUGUUUUCAAAGAUGAUGGAUUCGUUGAAGUGGGUGGACCAGGUCCCUAUUUUGGUUCUUCCACUGGUUUACAUUGUAUGCUUCUCAAUACUUCUAUAUUUCUCAGUAGAAAGAAUGAGCUCCAUCAAGUUGCCCAACAAGCUUCAAAUAUUGAUCAUUUAAUUGAGGUUAUUCGAGAGUCCCUGUCGCUGAUGUCCAAGCAAUGGUUUAGUGCAAUGAAUUCAUUUAAUGAGAAGUUUAGCCUUCUCUCUUCUUUGAUUAUCAGCCAUGGUGGUCUAGACUGGAAUCCACAAGAUGAGUUUUUAAGCCUUCUAUUUGGAGCUCGAACAAGUCCUCCCCUUCAUCAAUUCCUAGUGAACUCACUUGGUGAAGCGGGUUUAAAACGUGUGUCUAAAGCUGUAUGUGGAGCUGGGAAGGAGCUUCAUGUCAUCAUUCAUGAACAUCUUCAGCCUGCUGUGGAGACAAUGGGAUUCAGAGUUGGAGAACUCAGAGGCCUCUCAAGAUGGCAUUCGCGGUUCAAGAAUAUCGGACUGGAUGAAAGGCUUAUUGAAACUGCAACAGAAAAGACUGGAAUGUUCCUUGUGCAGGUUGAACGGUUUGCAAGGGUUCUUACAGUAGUGAUCCAACUGUUUCAAAAUUUCUUCAAUUGGGUAUUGAAGUGUAUAAAGAUACUUAUGCCCGAACCAACCGAUCAAAUUCAGCAACCCAAUAGUGAACUUGUUGUACUAUUCUUGAAGUAUAUUUUUGAUCAGGAUCCUGUUGGACAGUUUCUGGAGAAUUCAGAUGGAAACCAUAGCAUUGUAACUAAUCCUGACACAAGGAAACUAAUUGAAGAACUUGUGGCAUUUGGAGGGUUUUCAGACGUUGGAUUCUUGGAACGAACUUUAUCCAUGGAAUUUGAUCAAUUGGAGCAAUGCUUUAAGGAGGCCUUCUUGAUGCCAUUUGCUACGGUGUCUAAGAAGAUAUAUUGUGAAGACUUUCUGCCUCUAUUUCCUUCCCCUGCAUCUACAAUUUCAACACUGAACGUGCCUACGUCAAUUUCUUACUAUAAGGAUGAUUUUGAUGCUGUAUCCAAUUGCGAGACUUCUCUGCCUUGCCUUUUGGACUAUAUAUGUUUUAGAAUACCGGAUGAAUCGUUACAUAUGGCGAAUUGCAUUGGCAUACUGAAGGGUUUAACGUGCAACUCAAGGUCGACUGACAAAGGAUCAACAUCCCUUGCAGCUCUUGUAUUACAUAUUCCUGAAGGAUAUCGGUGUGUUGAUCUGUCUUUAUAUAAGGAAAACCAGCUCAUUUUAUUACUGAGCGAGUCAAUAUCUGUUGAGAAUCUCGGACAAUCAUGGAUGAUGAUGCUUCAAAUGAACAGUCUUCCCUUUGUAUCUAUUUCAAGAUCAUUUCUCGGAAAUCUCUGGAACUUACAUGAAGUAAAUGGUUCUGCAGUGGAGUUGAACUUGAGCAGAGGUAAAGUUCGUUGCAUUCCUCACAUGGUGACUACCCCGCUGGCUGUGAGUGCCUCCAGAGGUGUGGCUUCUGUUUUCUCUGCACGGAAGCAUGCUUUGGUUUAUAUUCUGGACGAGGAUGAAGAUGAAGUUUCUGAUAUGGAAUGAGAUUUCAACAGUUCCAACGGACAGAAAUUCAAAUUAAUGUCGUAAAUCCAUUUGGAAAAUUUAUUUAUUUAUUUAUUUUUAAUUAAGUUAACUGUGUAAAUACCAAGAAACUUAUAGAGUUCUACCCUUUUUUGUUCUCCCUUGUUACUGCUUGGUUUUUAUUUUUAUUUUUUAAUGUUUUUUAUUUAUUUAUCAUUUAACAAUUUAUCUUUAUUUGAAAAUAUAUUUGAGCUGCUGCUGCUAAGAUCAUCUCCAA